UUAGCAGCUGACAGUUUAGCCCUCACAAUAGAGAGGGCAGCGCCAGGAGGUAAACAUUAACCACACUGCUGCCUUUACGUGUCCAAAUAAGUUUUUACUUGACAGAGAACAUGGCGACGACUGUGUGGUCCAAAGGACAGAUGUUGAACUGCUAUUCUGCGAGGCUGCACCGAGCAACCAGGAGGUUUUCGGAGAGCAGAGACAAAGGCUGGUUCCGUUCCUUAUUUGUGCACCAAGUAGAUGCCAGGAAAGAUGCCCACUCCAACCUGCUGUCAAAGAAAGAGACCAGCAACCUGUAUAAAAUUCAAUUUCACAACGUCAAACCAGAGUGCCUGGAAGAAUACAACAGUCUAGAGGCUGAGGUGCAAACCAGGCUCCAUCAGGACCAGGAUUACCCAUGUGAGGUGGUCGGAAGCUGGAAUACCUGGUAUGGAGAACAGGACCAAGCAGUGCAUCUAUGGCGAUACAGAGGAGGAUACCCGGCCUUGACUGAAUGCCUGAAGAAGCUGAAUAAUGACAAGGCGUAUUUAGAGUUUCGCAAAGAGAGGGCGAAAAUGUUGAUUUCAAGGCGGAAUCAGCUCCUCCUGGAGUUCAGUUUCUGGAAUGAACCCGUGCCCAGACCAGGACCAAACAUCUAUGAAAUGCGAACAUAUUGUCUCAAGCCAGGAACCAUGAUUGAAUGGGGAAACCACUGGGCGAGGGCAAUCAUGUACAGACAGGAAAACAACGAAGCAGUGGGCGGGUUCUUCUCGCAGAUUGGGGACCUGUAUGUUGUUCAUCAUUUGUGGGGUUAUGAAAGCCUCCAGUCCCGAGAGGAGACCAGAAACUCUGCCUGGAUGAAGGAAGGAUGGGAUGCAAAUGUGUAUUAUACAGUGCCUUUGAUCAGAAGCAUGGAGUCUAGGAUAAUGAUUCCCACCAAAAGUUCGCCCUUACAAUAAGAAGAUGGUCGGACCUGGGAGCAUUAACUAAAAGUCAUUCACCUACUGCCAGAGAAACCUUUAUUAAUAAUAAUAAUAAUAAUAAUAAUACAUUUUAUUUAUCAGGCGCUCAAAUUGUCAGAUUGUUGAUCUGCUGGAUAAUCUGUAUGACGUUCAAGGAUGUAAACUGAUUCUAUAUUUGCAAAGCAGCUCGCCAGUUAUGCAAACUAAUGGUGAAUUGUUUGUCUGUGUAGAUUUUGAAGAUCCUGAAAUGCCCCGAGUUCAAGCAGUUUAGGUCAAGUAUGUGAAACACAACAAUACUGGCCCAAUAUAAUACUGAAUGGUAUUUCUUUCACUACUUGCCUGUAUGUUACACUAUAGAUUGAGAAUGACAUUUUAAGUUAGGUGACGUGUGUAUCCUGCUUUUAGUUUUUAGUAUGAAUAAUGGUAAAGGGCCAGCUAUUUGUAUUUCACAAUAUCCUCCAGCUGGGAAUUUAUGAUUGCAGUUUUAUGACUGGAUAUAAAUCACAGUGAAUGAGAUCACAAUGAACUUCACAGCUGUUUGAUUACAAAUAAAGCUUGACAGACCUCA